AUGGAUCCAGAAAAAGCCUUCCGUGAGCUUGAAGAGAGCAUAUGCUGGGCAAAUGCACCUCCCGCACCAACACCUGGGAUGUGCUACAUUGAGCCUCAGAUAAAAAGAGACUUCACCUCAUUUGACGGGUCCCUUGAGAAGAUUGUGCCAAGGCGGCUACAUACAGAUCUUCUUGAAGCCUUGGACAUAGACUUCGUAGAAAUGGUCAUGGACUAUAUCGAAAGGGAGGCCUCAAGUACGGGAAAGCCUGGGCAUCGACUUGGAGCUUCCAGUGGGCUGGAAAGAAGAGGCGAGGCUCUGGAGAGAGAAAGGAUAAAGAAAAGCAUGAGUAAGAUCUUCGACUAUCAAAAAUAUAUCCAAGAGUCCUUCGAGGAUGUAAACACAAUAGUUCACCCUACAGACGAGAACAUCAAGGCCGAAGAGGUUUACAGUCUCUUUCCGUCGACGGAAGAUGAGAGUGUCAUUAUCCAGUCGGACGGGAUAGACUUCCAAAAAGAUUCUUUUACCAUUCUAGAAGAAGGGUCUUCCCAGCUGUUCAAGAAAGCCUGUAUGUCCGACGGACGAGUCUUCACAUGCUCACCACAAAAGAUAGACAAUCUCCUGGUUCUCUGCAUAAGAGAUGGCAAUGCAUACUACAGCGAAGCUUCCACACUCUACAGGCUUCAGGAGCCAAGAAACCAGAAAAAAAAGAUGGAAGAUAGGGAAGAGGGAUAA